AUGAUGCUGCGUACCAUUUUGCACAAGGACGCUGUAGGUGUGUUCGACGCUGAAUGUCUGGAGCUGAGUCCAGCGAAGGCCAGGGACCUCCAGUCCACUUCGACGCUGGAGCAGUUCAUGACGAAGCUGUGUCUGCAUCACCAGAGGCAGAUUGUCGACGCUCUGGGCUUCCUACAGACAGAGGUCAAGACUAUAUCCUCCUCCAGCACAUCACCAGCCUCUGCCUUCAAAACCUCUUGCUCAGUCAAGCACGGCGCCCUUCAGGGUCCUAGUCCUGAACCCUGCCUGGAGAAGGGGAGGACUGGCCAGAAACUUCCCAUGGCUUCCAAUCCCAAAGGACUGGUGGAGGGGGGAGAGGCAGUUGGUACCAGGAGUAGCAGGUUGGCAGCCCCAGAGCAGACCCCUGAGACUGAUGUGUCUAGAAAUGUAUCUGGGGCCGCUGGGCCAGCCUUAGAUUUCCGUAAAUCUGGCCCAGGGGAGUCUAAGGCUUUGGCAAACCUUCUCAGAAGCACAGAGGACAGUGAGAGUAAACCUCUUAGUGACCAUGCUCCUCUAAAGAUCAAAAUCCUGAAGUCCAGCAGCCUGGCUGAUGGUAAGAAGCUGUCCUGUGUGCUCACCACCUCUCUUCCUGCUCUCGCCGGUACUAUGGAUAAACAGCAGGGCAAUUCUGACUCUUCAAUCAGAGCAGAUAGUUACAGCGAUGGCCCCAGCUCCUCUGUGAAAAGGCACAAUGAUGUUAAUCAUCCAAUAAGACAAAGAGGCUCCUUUGGACGUACCAGAGAUACGCUGGUCAAACAGAGUCCACCCCAAAAGACCCCCACCAUCAUACCCCCAGUUUCCCCCAGGACAGCAAGGAAGACCUUGAAGGGGUCUUCCUAUCAUCGGCCUAGGGACGCUUCUUCGCUGUGUCAGUUUGUAACCGACCCAGAUCUCGGCCACUGCGACAUUGUCUACAUUGACAAACCAAUCACAGACUGUUUCCAGAAAUGGCAGCACCGUCGGUUCCCGCGAAACAACGCCAGGAAAAGCACCAGAGGUCACAUGUACGUGGAGGAGAUGUGGGAGCUUAAGACUGUCCGUACAUUAGCCAGAAAGUCCGCCCGCAACUAUAGUGGCAACUCUCUCACUCCAAUGCCAGAUCUCAACACUCUGGUCACCCCUAAACAGCUGCUUGGCAAGCCUGAGAGUGUACCUCUUGUGGAUAUGCCCUUCAUUGGAGGUAUUUUAGAGACGGUCAGUCAGAGAACUCCCUCGGAGCAUUCAGCUGAAAGGGAGUUGGCUCGGGAUGUAGAGACUGCUGCAAAAUCAGCCAGUGAGGUGGAGCUAAUCGUUGAGACUAAUCAGACAGACCAGAGUCUAUGCAAAGAACAGACUGCCCCUCCAUCUCCUUCACAGUGUCCCCCAGUGGAGAACGAGCAGAGUGCAGGGACAGACUCAGAGCAGCCAAGGCUGAGUGUAGCACCAGAUAGUCUAGCUAGUACUGUGGUUGAGACCGCACAUCAGGAUUUAAACAGUGUAAUUAAUGACAUCGUUUUGAGUGAAAGCCCAGAGCAGGUGGUGAUGGGGAAAGAUGUGAACCCAUCACAUAAGACAUCAGAAGAAGCUGAGCUUGUCCAGGAUCAGCUGCAGACUGUGCCAGAGGGCCAGAACGUAAUCUCUGAUACCCAACAAAAGGAAUCUGAAUCCCCGAGCCCUUCCAUGGAGAGCGCUGGAAACAAGGAGGAGAAUGAGGUAGUGAAUGCAAGUGUAAUUGGUAAAGAACAGGCCGAGCCACUGGAACCUCAGAGUCCAGUUGACCAGAAACCAUCUGAGGGCUCUGGAGGAGAAGUUGGCACUGAGGUUCCCACAGAGAGUGAAAGGAUGGAGGUGCAGGAAACGGGCAAGGUUGAACCAGACUGGGCUCCAGGUGACGGCAACAAUGUGCCUGAAGAGAAAAGGACAGAUGCUGAUUCGUUCUCUAAAAAGGCAGAUGAGGCAGUUGUGAAACAAUCACCUCCAAGGUGUUCUGAAAAACAGGGUAUUCCAGCACGGGGGAUUCCUUCAAAGGUGAAGGAAACUGCAGUGAUUGAGACCGAGAAUAUGAUUAUAUGUGGAUAUGUGAAUGGUAGACCUAUAGCGCAGUCUGACAGAUGUUUGCGUGAACGGCCAGCUAAAAACACCCCAGAGUCUACUCCUACGAAGACUAAACGCCCCACUAAGACCUCUCUGAAACAAUCCGAGAAACCUUCUGAGAAGAUGCCAGAAAUUCCUCAAAUCUCAUGCACUCCAGCCGAACUGAUCAAAAUCCCUGUGUCCAAACAUCCCACAAAAACCUUUAAAGCAACUCAGAACCUGCCUGACACGAAGACCCCUGUGGAAGCGAGCCAGAUCACGUCUGACGCAAGGGCCCCUAUAACAGCAAGACUGAACAUUCCUGACACUCCUCCAGUCGCAGACACACCAAUCGACUCCACCAGGAACCCUGAGCCCAGACACCCGCUCAGAUCAGCCAGACUGCAACAGCGUGAAGCUGUUGCCUCGCCCCCCCUCCGUGUCGCCUCGCCCCCCUCCCUGUUGCCCUGUCCCCCUUCCUGUCGCCCCUGUCCCCCCUUCCUGUCCCUGUCUCCCUGUCGCCGCGCCCCCUCCAUGUCGCCCCGUCCCCCUCCCUGUCGCCCGCCCCCUCCCUGCCCCCCCCCGCCCCCUCCCUGUCGCCCCGCCCCCUCCCUGUCGCCCCGCCCCCCCCUCCCUGUCGCCCCGCCCCGCCUCCCUGUCGCCUCGCCCCCCUCCCUGUCGCCCCGCCCCGCCUCCCUGUCGCCUCGCCCCCCUCCCUGUCGCCUCGUCCCCCUCCCUGUCGCCUCGCUCCCCCUCCCUGUCGCCUCGCCUCUUCUACCUGUUGCCUCGCUUCUCCUCCCUGUAGCCUCCCCUCCCCUCCUAGUUGCCGUUACUUUCAUUGUCCCCCCAGAACCAUCUACCUCCCUCCCUCUCCCCUGCAUCAAGUUUAACCCUCCCCUCCCUGUUGCCUCUUCUCUUCUUCGUAUCGUCCCCAGUGCAGUCACCCAGAGCUCCGAAGAACUGAAGGUUGCAAGAGCUCAGCCAGCUCCAAAACCCAAACCCAGCAAGACACAGAACACUGCAGUGGAAACUAGGGUGCAAACUAGACCAAAGCUCAGGUCGUCAAUGGUGGUAGUAGCAAGGGAGGUCGAAGAGGUUGUGAGUCUUCAAGUUAGCAAUGAAGUUUCUGCUCUCACAGAGGGUACAAGCAUUAAAAAGAGUGAGGCGCAAGCACAUAGCAGUCCACUAAGACACAAAAUAAUUCUCCAAAAGGAAGGAGAACAAAGCAAAUUUACUCCAUCUGAGGGAGAACCAAGCAAAUUGACUUCCCUGAAGAAUUCAGAGGAACCAACUUUGCUGAAGAAGGCAGAGGCACCAACUUCAAUGGAUAGCAAAAUUAUAUCUGGAGAUUUCAGCAUGUCUCCAAUCAGCAGUGCUUUAGACAGACCUGGGCGAAUGCCAUUGAGGAGUGAGAGUAGUAAAACUGAAGUGGCCAGCCAGUCCAUUACCCCGACAAUUCCACCAACUGCGGUGGAGAACAGAAAGUCCGCUUUGAGAGUCCAGAGGUCACCCAUGUCCUCAACCAGUGUUCCAAUCACAGCUGAGAAAAGGAGUGGGGUGGCAUCUUCCAUGAGGCUGAAAUCCCCAGUGAGACUCUCAUCACCCAUUAAGGUUAAGGUCAAACCUGAGAGGAUAAUCAAGUCUCCACUAAGGGAUUCUCCUUUGCUGGUCAGUUCUCCUCUUCCCUCCAGCUUAGACACUCCUCUCCUCCUGCCCAAACUGGAGCCCCUAGUACAGUCUCGACACAAGUUCCUGGAAUUACUAGACAUAGAGGAAAACCAACAGAAAAUAUCUACUCUCAACACCAGGUUCGAUAAGAUGCAUAGAGGCUGGGUCCAGAUAGACAAAGAGGGACAACCAACGCCCAGACACAAGAACAAGGCAGACAGACAGGCAGCGAUAUGGAAGAGCAAGCGCCGGGUCCGCAAGCCCAAGUCUUCGGAGCACCAGAGGUACUCCCUUGUCCAGAUGCUUUUCAAGAAUGAUUUGGACCUAGCCAGUAUCUGCCGCUGGUACAUGGAGUCAACAGAAACCCAAUCAAUGGUCAUCGUAAAGAAGGUGAACACACGUCUUCUCUCUGAGACCCAGCUGCUCUUCCCCGGUAUGUCCCAAGGGCUGUCCAAAGGGGUCUUCCCUAGCCUGCAAGCCGAGCGCUUGAAGAAACACUUGAAGAAGUUUGCCAUCGCUUCCCCUGUGAAGAGCAACCCUAAGAGCCAUAAGCUGAUUGCUAAAGCCCUGGAGCAGGAGGUCAGUACAAGUACUCCCAAAGGGAAGGAGAAGAGAGAGCUGACCACGGCCACCCGGAUCUCCACCAAAGCCUACCUCUCCUCUGCAGAGUCACAGGCAACCGACGGCCAGAAGGCCUCAGCGAAGGCCAAGAACCCAGCCAGUGCUCGGAUCCUGCGGAAGUACUCCAAUAUACGUGAGAAGAUGCAAGGUCAACAAAGCUCCGAGAAGCCAAAAGGGGCCCCAAGAAAAGUGAUCAAAGCUUCCAAAGUCAAACCCUCUAAAGCCCCAAAGACAAAAUUGACAAAACCAACUAAAUUGAAACCGGCCACUGCCCAGAGGCAGAAAUUAUCUGUUUCUGGAGAUAAAAGUGUAAAGGAGCCAAGUGUAGUCAAAACAGUGAGAGCGCAGUCAUCUCCUAGUAGAAAGACUCCAGUAAAAGCUGCUGUCCAGGAGAGAUCAGUCAAGACUAGCAGCAGCAGUAGAACCGUAAGAGAUCUCAGUAGGAAAGAGAGUGCAUCACCACAGAGGUCUACCCAAAGAGCGAUGACCCCAAAAGCACAGAAAAACACCCCUGCUCCUUCCAUCACCCCUAAAACUGACUCAAACAAACAGCAGGUUGGAGCAGAGAAGGCAGAGGUGGAAAAGAGACACUCUGAAAGUAGAGUAUCUGAGACUAAAGGCCCUGAAAGUAAAGGUGUUGAGAGCAAAGGCUCUGAAAGUGAGGUUGAGUCUCAACAGAACAUGGAUGUCAAAACGCCAGGCUCUCCUGACCAGGUACUCACAAGGUCACAAAGGAAGAUGGAGGCCACUCCAUCCCCCUCAAUCUCUCAGAGUGCAAACUCUAAGCCUGCCACAAAGAGAUCAAAUGAACCAGCUAAGAAUAAGACUCUGAAGGCUGCCACAAAGAGAAGCCAGGAGAGCACACAGAAUCCAGCCAAGCGGAUCAGGAAGAAAUAGAUAGGAAUAGCUACAGUAGUGUGCAGAAAGAACGUAACAGCCAAGCUGGUUAUAAUAAGGGGGGGGGACUUGGCAAUGCCAACACUUUUGAUAAGCUUCAAAGGCUAAAUGCAAAUGGUGACUGGAAGAUAUUUAAAGUCUAGUGUGUUUGCUGUGUUUUCUGGGAGGGUACCUAUCAGACCAGUGUUGUUAUACAGAGGCAAAACUCAAUCUGGCUUCUGGUUUGGUAUUGUGUAAUUCUCUAACUGGGCUGUGGAGAUGAUUUUAUAAGGGUAUAUCUGCAUUGGAAACAUGUCAGACAUUGUAGAUUUGGGUUUGAUGCUAGGUUUAUUAGUUAUUCAGACUACAGCAUGCCAUGUCCUCCACCUUAUUGUUUGUCCUAGUGUUUUGUAAAGAUCACACAAGUCUCUAUUCCACGCUUUCUAUUUUUUUGUGAGGUUUAGUAAUAAUGGCAUGAGAACAUCAGUACCAUGUUGCUAAAAACAAAUAUCGAUUUUCUCUGACUGCAGCACAGCAUGGAAAGCCAAUCGUUCAAUUGAAAUUAGCCCAGGUUUCACUGAACAUCAUUCUUAGAUCUAUAGCCUAUAUUCAUCAAUGUCUCCAGCCCAUCUCGUGAUCAGAGUGGUGCGAAUGUGUGGGACUUUUUGUGACCAGGUGCCUUAUUCAUCAGAUGUAAAGUAAUGUGUUGCUAACAGGUGAAGCCUCAAUUCUCUGGCCAUUGCACAGACACAUACUGUAGGAGGAGAAAGGGAGUGUUCUAGAUAUGGAUUUGGUGCAGGUCUGCACACAUUGUGUCAUGUUGACUUGGUCCUUCAGAACUCUUCUCCAGGUUAUUGUAUAGAGCUGGUCAUUGGUGCUGACCUGCACAUCUUGUAUCUUCAUGCACAACUUCCCUCUAUGUGUUCAGUCCCACAUGUUCCCUACUCUCUGUCUUCCUGCUAUAAACCCACCCUGCUUCUCAUCAUGUACUGUUUGUUUUGAAUGUGUAAAGGAGCGUCAUGGUUGAUUAUUCUAAUGAGUUCUCUUUGACCUGUGUUUGUUUAGUUUUAGAUUCUGGGGUUAUUUCUGUUCCUGAGCAGUAGCCUUAUAACUGUUGUUACCGUAGCUGUGUUUAACUUUCAAAAACUGUCCGAGUUCUGUUUUGAAAUUUUCACAAAUGAUUUAUUUUUCUUUGCAAUACAUGUGAGAUGUAUUAACACCUGCUUCACUUGUAUCUCUGAUCCUGUCCCUUAUAUUCUCUGAUUCUGGUUAGUUUAAUGGUGACGUUUUCCCUCUGGUGUGAUCAUUACAUGCUGUUGCAUGUGCUUUAGCUACCUGUAGUGUUUACAUUUAAAUGCUCGUUUCUCCAGUCUUUCACCUGUGCAGCAACGGCCCACUCUUGAAGUGCAGUAUUCACCUCGACUAUUUCUUAUUAAACAUGUAUUUGUUUGUUCUUUCUGAAAACUAGCUUUUGUUGCGGAAACUUUUGACUAAGACUAUGCAUGUUACCUUUCCUCUCUGGGUCGUGUACUGAAUGAGCAUUAAUGACUGAAAGACAUGCCAUUGGUCAACUGUUUUGGAAGGGGGUCACUUUAAGGUCUGCUGUUUGAGAGCAGAUACCAGGGAAUGAUGCUACAGUACAUAGAUCCACAGGUUGUAUCUAAUGUUAGAUGCAUAUGUUUUGCCCAUACUUUGUGAGCUUGUAUGGUAGGGUGUGUUUACCUGUUAUUUGGACUAUAUUGCAGUAUACUGACCCCUGGUGACCAUAUAUGAAAAUUGUUGGAGAAAAAAAGUGUUUGUGAAUGAUCAGUCUGUACUAUAUCCCAAUGUUAUAGAAAUAACCUGUCUGGCAUGUUUUAUUUUUGUGUAUUUUAUUUCUCAGAUAGUUAUUUUAUUUCAGGAAUACGUUUUCUUGAUGCUUCCGUACUUCAGCAAUAGCCUGACCUCCGUUUGUCAAAAGAAAGAAGACAUUUUAGGACAGUUUUAUUUUUAUUAUGGUUAUUUCACUUUAAAAGUAAUAAUUUGUAAAUGCAAAAAGGUAUAAUUCAUGUUUUAUAUUGUUAUUUAAGAAACCCCUCUAGAUAAAUGCAUACAGUAGAUCUACAUGAAGCAGUCCACCAAAUAUCAAACUUGAACAUGUUUUAUUCUUUACUGUGGAUAUUUAUAGUUUGGGAUUCUGUAUAUUGGAAAAUAAAUAACUGAUGUAUUUGUGUUAAUCCCAAUAAUGAGACAUAUUUGAAGUUAGUGACUUUGUAUUCUUGCUGGAGUUGAUAUAAAGAUGUUUGAAUUGUA